GACGGGCCAAGCUUGGCGAGUCUCAUGCAGACACGUUGGCGAACAUCUUCGACCUGGCCACCUUGCUGGUGAAGAAGGAGGAAUGGGAGGAGGCAGAAGAGCUCUUCCGCGAAGAGCUCGAGAAGUGUCGGUCCGCCAACGGCAGCGAGCAUGAGGAAACCCUGAGCUCCGAGGAGAAGUUCGCCGAGUUCUUGAAGGAGCGGGGGCGUUUGGCGGAGGCAGAGAAGAUGCAGCGGAGAGUGUUGGAGUCGAGACGGGCCAAGCUUGGCAACUCCCACCCGAACACGAUGAGGAGCAUGUACGAGCUGGGCGCCCUGUUGGCAGACAAAGAGGACUGGGAGGAGGCAGAGCAGCUCUUCCGCGAAGAGCUGGAGAAAUGUAAGAGCGUCUACGGCGCCGAACAUGAGGAAACGAUCGACUCCACCGAGAGGUUCGCUGAAUUCCUGAAG